AUGUUGCCAGGAGAAUUGGCAGGAAUCCAUUUCCUCUCCCAGGGCCAGGAAUCCCCAACAACCCAUUUCCUCCCCCACGAACCCCCUUGCUUCCCCUCUGCCAUCAACAGAAACAUGACCAUCAGCGACUACUUCAUCCCGCCGCCGCCCGGCCCCAACAGCUACAACUCCUCCAGCUGCUUGGGCGGCGGCUCCUCCUCCACUUCCGACGAGGCCGACGAGCAGCAGACGAGGAUCGUGGACGAGCGGAAGCAGAGGCGGAUGAUCUCCAACAGGGAGUCGGCCCGCCGCUCCAGGAUGCGCAAGCAGAGGCACCUCGACGAGCUCUGGUCCCAGGUCCUCCGCCUCCGCACCGACAACCACAGCCUGCUCGACAAGCUCAACCACGUCACCGACUGCCACGACCGCGCCCUCGAGGAGAUCGACCACCUCAAGCAGGAAGCUUCCGCACUCCGACAGAUGCUCACCGACCUGCCCAUCGGGAGCCCAUAUAACAAUAGUCCCUCUUCCGACCAAUCCAUCAUCCCCACUUCUGUAGACCUGCUUCUUUAA